GUCCAAACUAACUAAGAUCAAGUGUUCCAUAAUCACACCAUUUUCGAACUGACCGAGUACUGAUCUUUGUCUGUCCGCCGUAUCAAAGCCAACCUCCCAGUAAACAAUCAAUUCUCACAACACAUACCCGUACAUAACUGAGUCUGUGGCUAACCCCGUACCACCACCCUCACGCCUCCUUCUCGUUCCAGCUCCCAAACUCCCCUAUUAUCCCCAUCCCCAGCACAAUGACCACCCCCACCCCAAACCCCACCAUUGUCCUCGUCCACGGAGCCUGGCACACUCCGGCCAACUACGCCCCUUUCAUCACCGACCUCGAAUCGCGGGGCUUCUCCGUCCACUGCCCUCACCUGCCCAGCUGCACCAACACCUCCCCACCACCGUUUACCUACCAAGACGACGUGACCACCGUCCGCAACCUGGUCACUACCCUCGUCAACAAUGGCGAGCGCGUCCUCGUGAUCCUGCACUCCUACGGUGGCGCCAUCGGCACCGACGCAGCCCAAGACCUGGACCUGCCGACCCGCACCGCCCAAAACCUUCCCGGCGGGAUCAUCCACCUCCUCUACCUCUGCGCCUACAUCCAACUCCCCGGCCGCACUGUCUGGGACGUGAUCACCGAGGCCCAGAUGACGGGCUUCUGGCCGCAGUUCGUGCAAAACCAUGAGGAUGGCUCCACCUUCCCCGUCGACCCCGUCCAGCUGUUCUUGGGGGACUGCGACGAGAAGCAAGUUGCCGCCGCGCUGCCGCAUCUCGUGCGCAGCCCGCUGAGCGCGUUCCAUACGCAGAGUGGCGGAGAUGCGUGGCGGAGAUUGCCGGUGACCUACCUCACCACGACGAAGGAUUAUUCCGUGCCGCGCGUGUAUCAGGAUCUCAUGCUGAAGCAUGUCGCGGAGGACGGGGUGACGGUCCGCGUGGUGGAGGUGGAUACCGCGCACAGUGUGUUUUUGUCGAGACGCGACGAAGUGCUGCGGUUGGUGGAGGAGACGGGGCGGGAUGAGCGGAAUCCUUGAUUUGAAUUUCUCAGGACGGGGGCUACGGCGGGUGGGAGCGAAAGAACGGGGUUCUAUAGAUAUAGAUGAUCAACGCUGUACAGUGGGACGCAAUGGAUGCGGUAACCAGCACUGGAAUGGAAGCUAUGUCUCAAGAUACACUGGUCUUGCCAGACUGCCGGGCCUGCUUUAAAGAACUUUUGAUGUUGGAGGUUGUUCCAAGAACAUCAUGUACUGCGCCCUACAAGGGGCUGGCUGUUGGGCAGAGGGGACCGAGUGGUCGGCUAGGCCGACUAAUAGAUUCAC